AUGGGAUCCUCGGUGAAAUUCAUGAUUACCAGCGCUGAGCGCUCUGUGCUCGUCAACGAGCUCGGGUACUCGCCCGAGGAGGUGGACGUGAUGCGGCCGGAUAUCGCGGCGCAGCUCGUGGAGAAGAGGACGAAGCGACCGUUCGGGACGAGGGAGAUGCCUGAGGCGUGGAAGCGCGGGGGACCGCCGCCAGGGCGAAACGGGAGCGGCGUCGGCGGGCUGCUGUCGAAUAACUUGGUCAAGCUCUUCUUGGUCGGAGUGGCGAUGAUCGGGGGGGCGGUGGCAACGGGGAGGCUCGAGCUCGGGACCUUGCUCGGCGGCGCCCCGCUCGGACGGAAACCGUUGACGAAGUUGUCCGACAAAGUCGUCAAGCCGAAGAAGAAGCGUUCUAAGAAGUUGAAGAAAUCGAAGAGGCGCACGGUCGCUUAG